AUGUUCAACAUCGGACGCAGCCGUGCCCUGGCAUCGGCGCUCAACGCCUCCAAGCUUCAGGUCGCCCCCGCCGUCAGAUUCCCUGGCGUUGCACAACAACGACGAGCUCUGAGUAUUCACGAGUACCUCUCUGCCGACCUCCUGCGACAGUAUGGUAUCGGUGUUCCUAAGGGCGCUGUUGCCAAAACUGCCGAAGAAGCCAAGGCUGUCGCAAAGGAGAUUGGCACCGAGGACAUGGUCAUCAAGGCUCAGGUCCUCGCCGGUGGACGAGGCAAGGGUACCUUUGACAACGGCCUCAAGGGGGGCGUCCGCGUCAUUUACUCUCCUCACGAGGCCGAGAUGUUUGCCCAGCAAAUGAUUGGCCACAAGCUCAUCACCAAGCAGACCGGUGCUGGUGGCCGUCUCUGCAACGCUGUCUAUAUUUGCGAGCGCAAGUUCGCUCGUCGCGAAUUUUAUCUAGCUAUCCUCAUGGAUCGUGCCUCCCAGUCCCCUGUUAUCGUCUCCUCGUCCCAGGGUGGCAUGGAUAUCGAGACCGUAGCCAAAGAGAGCCCCGACGCCAUCAUCACCACAUACAUUGACAUCAACACUGGUGUAACGGACGACAUUGCCCGUGGCAUUGCCACCAAGCUGGGCUUUAGUGAGCAGUGCGUUGAGGAUGCCAAGGAUACCAUCCAGAAGUUGUACAAGAUCUUCCUCGAGCGCGACUCCACUCAGAUUGAGAUCAACCCUCUCUCUGAGACCAACGACCACCAGGUUCUGUGCAUGGAUGCCAAGUUUGGCUUCGAUGACAAUGCCGAUUUCCGCCAGAAAGAGGUUUUCGAGUGGCGUGACACCAGUCAGGAGGACCCUGAUGAGGUCCGCGCAGCCAAGUCUGGACUCAACUUCAUUAAGCUCGAUGGCGACAUUGGCUGCCUCGUCAACGGUGCUGGUUUGGCCAUGGCCACCAUGGAUAUCAUCAAGCUCAACGGUGGACAGCCCGCCAACUUCCUUGACGUCGGUGGUGGCGCUACCCCUGCGGCAAUUCAGGAGGCCUUUGAGCUCAUCACCAGCGACCCCAAGGUCACCGCCAUCUUCGUCAACAUCUUCGGUGGUAUUGUUCGUUGCGACCACAUCGCCACCGGACUGAUCAAGACUGUCGAGAACCUCAACCUUAAGAUCCCCAUCAUCGCUCGUCUGCAGGGCACCAACGUUGAGCAGGCUCACAAGAUCAUCAACGAGUCUGGCAUGAAGAUUUUCUCCAUUGAUGAUUUGCAAAGCGCCGCUGAAAAGUCUGUGCAGCUGUCAAAGGUCGUCAAGCUGGCUCGUGAUAUUGACGUUGGCGUCGAGUUCACCCUGGGUAUCUAA